UGUUAUGGUACCUAAUGUUGGCAGCGUCGAACCGUGACCUCACUUCAUUUGAUCUAGUCACAACUCAAGUAACCUUACGCAGUGGUUGCGCCACCUAAAGCAGUACCUAGUAAGGGGCCUCUCCGUCUAUGCCUUUUAAUUGUGGAGAUCCCCGAGGCAGAAAUCGGUAUUUGGAAGUACCGACAUCGAAGGAUUCGGCAGCCUGGCACAUCUCGACAUGAUACUUAUUCCUCAUAGCAGAUCUCCACAUGUGUCGAGCCUCUUGAUUCGCGUGAAAAGAAUGGCAGCCUUCAUGAUUCAAGUGAACGUGAGGCACAGAAUAUCAGAGCUCGCUGAUUUGCCUAUAUCAAUUCGAGCUUUGAUCCGAAAUGCCCAUCAUCUUUUACUUAAGACUUUUACUUUCUCCCAACUUAUCGUCCCAAAUCCUUCUCACUCAUUCUCAAACCUGAUCAAGCGACCACAAUGGCACCAACACUUGAGCAAAGCAAUAUCGAGGGAGAUAUCUCCCAGACAGUCGCAGUGAAAGCCGUUUCCAACGGUGUCAAUGGAGAGACAGAUUCAGUAGAGGAGACAGUUCCUAAGCUCGGAAUGAAGUGUGACCUCAAGAAUCUUUACCAAAAGGAAGACGAGCGAGGUCGAACAUCAUGGACCGACAAGUAUCCGGAAGACUUGGAUGAGGCAGCGGAGAAUGAAGUUACAGCUCGCUAUGCAAUCCUUGUCCGCAACAAGAAGAGUUUCGAUUCUCGCAAGAAGCUGGAGAUUGAUAGUAUUGUCAUUCAAUCCCCUCUUCUGAAGCAAAUACUCACAAAGGUUCUGAAGGAUUACCCUGGUAUGUAUUCUUCAGUACAAAAAUAUAAAUGCAUAUUACUAAUGUAACAGGCGUCACACCGACCCUCAACCGCCUCAUCUUCCAAGCACCAUUCAAUCCCUUCGUCCAUCGCUGGACUCAACUCUCCACCGCACUCGAGGAACAAGAAGAAGGCGAAACAAAGGAGCAUGUCCAACUCCUACACACUGUCCUUGAAGCCGAGCUGAAGGACACCAUUGCUGCAAAGGCAGACUAUAUUAAGAAUAAGGUCAUCACGUUCGAGCACCUGUGGACUAUCUUCCAACCCGGCACCACCCUCUACUCUGAAGAAUGGGGUCGUCAUUGCGGGAGUAAAUUCUCGAAUGGUAGUUACUAUGAACACCCAAAAUAUGGACCUUGCUAUGGAGUCAACGCACAAAAGGUUGAUUGGGACGGUGAUAAAUUUGGAUACGCUUCCAAUCAACACAUAAUCUUGGCAUUUGCCGGCACCCGACCAAUUGCCUCCCUCGACGCUUUCCCUUUGAGCUUCCACCCAGAUGAGAAAAAGAUAAAAGCACAGCUCCUCAAGCGUGGAAAGUUGUUUGAACACUAUCAUGGUUACCACUACAAGGCCUAUAAGGCCUUUGCACUUGGCAAAGAUAUGUGUGGUAAUGAUAUCAAAGUGACCGUCGACAGUCGAGUCAUCAUUGAUACAUUCGCCUACGGCAAAUUCAAUCCCAAUAGCCUCAAGCAUCUCUCGCCUCUCAAGAUCAAAAGCAAGGCAAUCGUCGAGAACGAUUCUGAUGCCGAGGAAGAUGAGGAGUCAGAGUAUGAGUACUCCGGCUCGGACGAUGACGAAUCCACACCAACCGCGAUCGCCAACACCAACCCUAUCGAUGUCAAACGCACACCUCUCACCGACGAGCAGCUAAUGCACUGCUCUUCCCUGCUCAAAGGCUACACCCUCAAAACCAAACGCUGGCUCUCCUUCUUCGUCGACUCCAUUCUCCCCAUCCAAUUCAACGACCAAGCCUUCUCCUCCCUCGUCCUUCCCCCCUCCCAAAAAGAACUCAUCCUCGCCUUCGCGUCCUCCCAAGUCCUCCACUCCAAAAAAUUCGACGACGUAAUCUCCGGCAAAGGCCGCGGUAUCAUCAUGCUCCUCUCCGGCGGCCCCGGCAUAGGCAAGACACUCACCGCCGAGUCCGUCGCAGAGAAUAUGAAAGUCCCCUUAUACAUGAUGUCGGCCGGCGAUCUCGGCAUCAAGAGUUCAGAAGUCGAAGCCAGCCUGACUACCAUCCUCGAAAUGGUCGCCAAAUGGAACGCCGUCCUCCUCCUCGACGAAUGCGACGUCUUCCUUGAAGCGCGCUCAGCGCACGAUUUGGAACGCAACAAAAUAGUCUCCAUCUUCCUCCGCACACUAGAAUACUACGAAGGCAUCCUCUUCCUCACCACCAACAGAGUCAAGAACAUGGAUCCAGCGUUCCAGUCGCGCAUCCAUAUCAGUAUGGAGUAUCCUGGGCUGGAUAAAACCAGUCGGAUGCAGGUGUGGGAGAACUUCCUUGCGAGGGGAGUGGAGCAUGAGAUUGUUGAUGGGGAGGUGGAGAGUCUUGCGCAGGUGGAGAUUAAUGGGCGGCAGAUCAAGAACGUGCUGAAGACAGGGCAGCUGUUGGCUUGUCAUCAGGGGGUGAAGCUGAAGUACGAGCAUUUGAAGACGGUGCUAGACGUGGAGAAGCACUCGGGUGUGCAGAUGGGCUAAGUGAUGGCGCUUGAGCUGCUCCAUUCCAAUGGCGCUCUUUCACGUUGCUGACGAGUUUCCUUGCUUUAUUUUGCUUUUGCUCGAUCGUGUUAUAUUAUAGAUUCAGGCAUAUGAUUCCGCCGUUCUACGUGAUGUUGCAGGGUUCACAGGUUCCACAUACAUAACAUUCGUAUGCUUAAAGAAAUAUAACACACAUCUUUUUACUCCCUGGUCGUCACACAACAAUACUGAGCAAAAUCAUAUAUCAUGCAAUCUCAUCGUUUCCUGUGGAACUCCGUGUAUAAACGAAUGAGAUCUUAUUCGAGUUGUCAGAGUUACAUGGAAAAAAAAGUUUCGACACUUGAUAAUCUUGCAAUGUGCACUUGCAUGAGAAGGAAUAAGCCAGUACUCAUCAUAACAAAACUUACUUAGCAAACAAGUAUACUUCGCUGCCUUCGACUGCCACCAGCAUCUAGUCAACGGGCAAGAUGAUAGCCAGCGUAUUCUUAAUUAUUCAGCCUCGGCAAUAUUGGUAAGGACCAACAUAGAUGAGAUGCCAAUGAAACUUAUACCAUCACUGUUAGGCGGUUCCAAUUAAUCACCAGGUCUCAUUAUUGUACGUAGAGAGCCUCUGUUAUUGAAUCCAAUUCCA